AUGGGAAUUCGCAAAUGGAUAAUAUGCUUUUUCUUAUUUGCAUUUAUUACUCACUCCGUAGACCUAACAGUGUUCCUGAAAACAGAAGAUGCAAAUCAAGUCCUGACAAGAUCCAGGCGUGCUGCUUUUAUGUUGUUUGAGGAAAUUCUCCAAGGGGAUUUAGAAAGAGAAUGCCUUGAGGAAAGGUGUACAUAUGAAGAAGCAAGAGAGGCUUUUGAAAACACAGAAGAAACUGAUGAAUUUUGGAGUGUCUAUUUUGGUGGUAUCAGGUGUUCUUCCAGCCCUUGCCUUCACAAUGGUGUAUGCAGGGACACCAUUCGCAGCUACACAUGUGGCUGUACAGAUGACUUUGAAGGAGUAAACUGCGCUUUUGCUAAAAACGAGUGCCGCCAUGAAAUCCACACAGGGUGUCAGCAUUUCUGCUAUCCAGAAUUCAACUUUUACCGCUGUUCAUGUGCCCAAGGCUAUGAAUUGGGGGAAGAUAGUAAAUCAUGCAUUCCACAAGAUGAAUGUGCCUGUGGAAAAUUACAAAAUCCUCUUUCAUGUCCACCCAAUGCAGCUGAAAAGCUUGACAGAGAAUUCCCCUGGCAGGUAUUGCUGUUAAAUUCAGAAGGAAAGUGGAUCUGUGGAGGUGUUCUCCUGAAAACUAACUUUGUAUUGACUACAGCUGAAUGUGCAGUGCUGUCUCCCGUUAGUGCUAUGGUUGGAAUCAAGAAGUUGCAAGGAUUGAAUCAAGUAAUACCAGUGAAAGAGUCAAAUAUACACUUCCGCUAUGACAACACCACUGGCGAGAAUAACCUGGCAUUGCUUGAGCUUAGCAGCCAAAUUGAUUGUGACAGUAACCAUUUACCCAUAUGCAUUCCAGAAAGGGAUUUUGCAGAGCACGUGUUGAUUUCAGAAAUGGAAGGAACUCUUAGUGGCUGGAAUGCAAACAGAAGUCAUCUGACACCCAGCCUGGUAGAGAGGCCUAUUUCCUACCUCAGUGAGAAUGAUUGCAAGCAAAUUCUCAACAGAAAUCUGAUAACAAGGGAAUUCUGUGGUUACAAUCAAGUGCAAGCAAAAGAGAUGCCUCUGGGAGGAAGUUUUGUUGCUGUUCCCUAUAAAGGCACAUGGUUUCUCACCGGAGUUUUAGAACCAUGGGCAACAGAAAUAGUUAAUUUGAAAACAUUUAUAUUUACCAAGACCUCAAGAUACAUGAUGUGGUUUAAACGAAUAAUGGAUAAUGAAAUAUAA